AUGCGGCGUACGACACUCGGUCCCGCGUCGUCGUCGCAGCUUAAUGCACGUCCAUCAGCUCUACGGCAUCCGUCUACACGGGUGUCUGUUCCUAGUAAGAGUAUUAAUAAGAGUAUAGAUCGUCAAUCGUUUGGGGCUGUCCCUCAUCGUCGGGUCUCCACAGCCGUCUCUGGUCACACUAUGCGACGACCCCCUACAGGCCCACGGGUAUCUAUUAACUCACGCAAAUCCGCAGGUAGCUCCACAACUACUCGUCGAAGUAGUUCGUAUAGAGCACGGGCGUCGAUGUCUAGCCGCGGUGGUGCACGCGUUUUAGACCCUCGGCCCGUCACCGACCGCUCGUACCUGAAUAAUUGUGUCCGCAUGCUGGUUGAGUUUCUAAACGAUCGUAUGUACGAUCAGAUACUUACUCCAGGGCUGUUAAAGCGUGGUCCAUCGAAGAAAGAUUUCUGUAAUAUGAUUCUAUUCCUGUUUAAACAGGUGGACCCGACUUUUGAAUUUGGUGCCAAGUUUGAAGAGGACGUCGUGCUACAGUUUCGGAAUUUACGGUAUCCUUUUCCGAUUAGCAAGACGUCGCUAGCAGCAGUGGGCACGCCUCACACGUGGCCUACACUGCUGCUGUCUAUUUCGUGGCUGAUUGAAUUGCUCACUGUAUGUGGCCUUUAG